AUAGGGACUAUAGAGCCAGCCGCGCACUGGGUCAAUGAAAAAGCAAUUGAAAGACCAGCCGUCUUUCAAGUAGGUUCGUGAAUCAUCUUUCGAAAUCCAAAACCCAUGAACACAGAAUGUUCUAGAUUUCCUCUUUCGUAAUCGAAACCUCUAUAAACUACAACCGCUGAACCUCCCUCUCUCUUAUCACUGAUUGUAUUCGGAGUGGACCAAACAAAAGAUUAGGGUUUUUGUUUUGUUGAUAUGGCGAAAGAGGGACCUAACUGGGACGGUUUGCUCAAGUGGAGCAUUGCUCAUUCCGACGGUACUGCCAAUCCUAGAAACCUAAGCGAGGAGGAUCGAAAAUGGUUCAUGGAAGCUAUGCAAGCUCAAACCAUUGAUGUGGUUAAGCGAAUGAAAGAAAUUACGCAGGUUAUGCAAACUCCUGAAAAUAUCCUCGAGGAACAAGGUGUAACUGCAACAGACAUUGAAGAUAUGUUGGAUGAGCUUCAAGAGCAUGUAGAGUCUAUUGAUAUGGCUAAUGAUCUUCAUUCUAUUGGUGGUUUGACCCCGUUACUUAAAUAUCUGAAUAACUCACAUGCUAAUGUACGAGCCAAAGCCGCAGAGGUUGUAGGCACAAUUGUUCAAAACAAUCCAAAAAGUCAGCAGCUGGUUAUGGAUGCAAAUGGCAUGGAGCCUUUGCUUUCGAAUUUCACUUCUGAUGAUGAUGUCACCGUGCGGACCAAAGCACUUGGUGCAAUCUCCUCUCUGAUUAGGCACAACAAGCCGGGGAUUGCAGCAUUUCGUCUUGCAAAUGGUUAUGCCGCUCUUAGAGACGCUCUAAGCUCUGAAAGUGUCAGAUUUCAGAGGAAAGCACUCAACUUAAUCGAAUACUUGAUUCAAGAAAACCCUAAUGACUGCCACGUCAUCACCGAACUCGGGUUCCCACGCAUCAUGACUCACCUUGCCACUAGUGAAGAUACGGAAGUACGUGAGGGGGCAUUAAGAGGUCUAUACGAACUCACCAAGGGCAAGCCGGUAAAAACAACAGAUAACACAAAUGAAGAAGAUGAGAAACUAAAACAAGUCCUUCAAGAAAGGAUUAAUAAUAUCAGCUUGAUGUCAUCUGAAGAUCUAGCUGCUAUUAGGGAUGAAAGACAGCUAGUGGACUCGCUAUGGACCGCGCAUUAUAAUGAACCCUCUUCCCUUAGAGAAAAGGGACUUGUGGUUCUGCCUGGGGAUGAUGUGGUUGAACUACCCCCGGAUGUUGCAUCCAAACUUUUUGUCUCACCACUUAGAGGUUCGAACCGCCCGACGGCUAAUAAUGGCGACAAAUCUGAAAAGAAAGACGGGCCUUUGUUGCUUGGGCCCUAGUCCUUGAGUGCGAACCGAUUUAACCGUGUGUUUAUGCAUGUUCUUUAAGUUGGGUUAGUUGCAAAGGCCCAACUUGUGGGUGUUCUUUCAUAGUUUCAACAUGUUGAAUGUUAAAAAUAUACCAGCGGAAAAAUAUUCAUUUAUUUAUGUUGAAAAGUUGUUUACUUAAAUUUUA